AUGCAUGCGAGACCGGUCAAGAAACCCCGGGGGUCUUAUUCCUACGGUGGAUGCGGUACGUGUCGCAAGAGGCAUGUUAAAUGCGAUCAGGUUCGUCCUCAUUGUCUCACUUGCAAGGCCAUCGGGGUUCUCUGUGAUGGUUUUGAUGAUUCGGGUUUGAGAUGGGUUACAGCUGAGGGAGAGUCUUCUGGGGGGAGGAAAGUCUCGAUGAGGAUGCCAAGGAGGCCGUUCUAUCCUGAACGGUCUCAAGUUUCGAUGAGCACUGAGUUGAGGUCAACUUUGUCAAACAAGACCAUUGAUGAGUCUUUGUCAAGUCUGGAGGCCAAGUCUAAAGAUACUGGCACGCCCGAUGAAGCAGUCACAAUAGGCCCCUUUGGCGUGUUUAGCGUUGAGAGCAGCACGACAACUUCAACUCCUUUUUCCGAUAUCACGAUAAAAAACAACCCACAAGCUCAACUAAAACAUUCAAAUACUCCGGACAAUGCAGCUGGUCCCAGUCCUCAACCCCUGUCAACCGCAGACCCCUUGCUGAACCCGGACAAUCUCCUCGACUGGACGGAUCUGUUUGACCUGGACUCGAGCCCAUCAUGGCUCCUCGCUGACACUACUGUCGAUAUUGAAGCUCUAAGUUCAGUGCCAGACGCAGCUGCAAUCCCCCCCUUCAACGGCGACACGAGUUGGGAGGGCGUGCAUCUGUCAAGUAUGAACAUCGCCUCUCCCGCCCCGUCGAAGCCUAAGACGCCAAGGGUCGCCUUCUCAGAGUUAGUCACGGUCGAAGACGCUCAGAUGCUGUUGAAGCAUUUCAGCGACUGCAUGAUAUCCCACAUGUGGUCACUGCCCCUUGGCCAGAAAUCUUCCAUGGACAUUCACAUCGACGCGGCUGUCACGACGCUAGCCAGACUAACUUUUAUCGCAAUCCGCCCCGUCUCUCAUGCAUCGCUCUCUCACUUGUACGCUGUACUUGCGGCGUCAUCGAUGCACUUUGCGAAUGGGAAAGGACCAGUUGAUACAGAGCGCUGGCAACAGCUGGCUGAACGUCUUAACAAGGAGGCCCAAGAGACUUUGCGGUACUCUCUCCAGCACGAGAUAUCACCAAAAGCUGCCAAGUACAAGGAUCUGCUGCUCUCGAUGUCUUCUAUUGUUUCUUUCGCUAUAUUAUUCGAUAGGCAGAAAGAUGUCAAGACCUAUCUUCUCGGGUCGGAAAAGCUUGUCAGAACCUGUGGUUUAGCCAAGAAGAAGAUUUCUCGAAAGAUUAGCUAUCUUCACCACACAUACACCUGGUGUAAGAUUGUAGGUGACAGCACAUAUGUCCUGCAAAACCCAGACAACUCGGACCCGAUUGGGGACAUCUCUGCGAAAGAUCAAGCGCCUUGGGAAGAAACACCAGGUGUAUCCUCUCAGGCCCUAUACACUGAUAGUCGUCAAUAUUGUUACAACGCAAGACUCGAUGAUUUUUUAGGACUUGAGCCAUUCCAGCAGGACACGGACGUGGAAACGAUGUACUCCAGGGAGGACGAAUCACCACUGGACUAUAUUCCCUGCGAGGGUAGCCCAGGAAGAUCAGAAUCGACGCUUCGACUUCUUUAUGGGGUAUCUGAGACGUGGCUUAGUCUUGUCUCACAGACCACUCGACUGGCCAACUAUAUGGAGAGAAUCUCUCAGUCCAAGGAAAAGCCUGACCCUGCUUCUUUGGAGUCUUUGGAGAGUCACAAGAAGCAUCUCGAGAACCUAGUGUGGACAUUUACGCACAACACCCCAUCAGAGGUCGAGGGGUUGAACCACGCAUCUGAGAGCACGCCCCGAGCUCACCUCGUGAGGGCACUAAACUACGCCUUGAUCAUCCUCUUCUACCGUCGGGUCAAAGAAGUCAACCCUCGCAUCCUCCAACAGCACGUCGACAGCAUCAUCCGAGCACUGAAGAAGUUUGACGCCGCAUGUGAGAGAGAUGGCAUCGAAGGCCCAGGUUCACCGUGGCCUGCAUUCUUGGCGGGUUGUGAAGCAAUGGGGAGUUCUCAGAGGGAGUAUCUUUCAGGUUGGCUUCAAAAGUCGUUUGACAAGACUGGUUUUACGAGGUUCAGGACAAUCAUUUCUUGCAUGCAUGAGGUUUGGAGGCGCCAGGAAGAGGCUCUGGAGACUGGGAGACAGGAUUGGACUUGGAUUCAUGUUUCAAAAGAUCAGAACUUGUAUGUCAUGUUGUGCUAA